GUGCAGCUUUCUAUUUAAGUAUUCAAAGUGAAAAAAGCAGGUGACAGACAGACAGGUUUCCUCACAGCUAUCCACCACUCAAUCAUGUCCACCUCACCCUCCAUCUCUAACCUCCUCUUCCUCUUCCUCUUUCUCUUAAUCGCCGCCGCUUCCACCACCGUCUCCGCCACCGACCACAUCGUCGGCGCCAACAGAGGCUGGAACCCCGGCAUCAACUACACCCUCUGGGCCAACAACCACACCUUCCUCGUCGGUGACCUCAUCUCGUUUAGGUAUCAGAAAACACAGUACAAUGUGUUUGAGGUGAACCAGACCGGGUACGACAAUUGCACCACGGAAGGCGCGGUCGGAAACUGGAGCAGCGGAAAAGACUUUAUUCUCCUCGACAAGCCUAAGAGGUAUUACUUCAUUUGUGGCACUGGUGGCUGCUUUAAUGGCAUGAAGGUUUCGGUUGUUGUCCACGCGCUUCCACCUCCGCCUAAAUCCGCCGUCUCUGCUGACCACUCCAACACCAAGUCCGCCGCCUCUGCCUCCACUCCGCCGCCUGCUCUUUGGGUGCUCAUUGCUGGGCUUCUCAUGGGUUUCUUGGGAUUUAGCCUGUAGAAUUAUGCUUGCUCUAUCCAACCAUUCAAAAAUGAGUAUUUACCAUUUACCACCACGCAGUUGUAGUGAUUUGUAAAAGUGAAAAUGAAGUGUCGAUUGUAGUGUUGUCAUUUGUUGAUUUAUCAUUGGAAGAUUUCUUUUUUCUUCUUUAACUCUAUUUUUGGGAAAUGACAUGAUUUCUUAGGCCUGUUUAA